AGGAAAAAAAACUGUGGCGUUCGCUUCGACUGGCGAAACUGCUUCAGUAUUGGGAGUGUUAUUUUGCUCGAGAUGUCUCGCGAGCUAAAAAUUACUUCUACGAAGCCUUCCUGCUAUAAAAUUCAUCAAACAAUUAGAUGGAAAUUUUCUCUUUCAGAUCGAUUGAUCCUAUCAGACCGGUUGAGUUCCGUUAGGUCGUGCGACAGAGCGAAUCCUUUUCAUUUGUCCAUCUUUUCAUAUAUAUCUUGGUGGAGAUUCAGGUGGUGGUGUGAGAGCUGCUUUGAGGAUGGUGUACGGGCAGUUAUACGCGAGACGCAAGGCAAAGACGCGAGGCAAAGUUCAGAGCUCAGAGCUUACCGCACCUCGGCUAUUCGCCGUAAGUACAUGGCAGUCACAAUAGGUACGUCCUCAUCUGAUUAUUUGUCCUUACCUGAGACUUACCUGAGCACCCUUUCUCAAGGGACCUGCUCCGUUGGAACGCACCACGCGUAUUUAAGGCGGUUACUCCGUUAAGACGCGUUACAUUCACCUAAAA